ACCACCUGGCUUCUUAAAGGGGACUUGAAACUGUGGUUGCCAUCAGCCAUGGCUCCCAAAAAGAAGCUGAACAAAGGCAGCAAGGAGUUUGAGGGAAAGAAGAAGAAAGGGGGCAAGAAGGAUACUAGUGCGACCUUGAAGUCCCCAGAGCCAACCAUGGUGGAGGAGCUGAAGGAAUUCUACCACAAACAGAUCCAAGACCUGGAGGAACGGCUGGCCCGGUAUCAGCGGAAGUGGGAUGAGCUGGCUGUGCAAGAGAAGCUCUUCCGCCAGGAGUUCGAGCAGCUGGCCAACAACAAGAAAGAAAUCGUGGCCUUCCUCAAGCGCACACUCAACCAGAGGGUGGAUGAGAUCACGGACCUUAAUGACCAGCUGCAGAGCCUACAGCUGGCAAAAGAGAUGGAGAAGGACGCUUUUGAGGCACAGCUGGCCCAAGUGCGCCAUGAAUUCCAGGAGACCAAGGACCAGCUUACCACAGAGAACAUUGCCCUAGGGGGGAAGCUGGCUGCCUUGGAAGAAUUCCGGCUGCAGAAAGAGGAGCUCACUGACAAGUACCUGAUGCUGGAGGAGCAGCUGCAGAAGCAAGAGGGCGAAUACAAGGACUAUGUGUACAACCUGGAGAAGAAGUCUGUGCUGGACAAGGACAGGCUAAGGAAAGAGAUCAUCCAGCGUGUGAACCUGGUGGCUACUGAGUUCCGUAAGGUGGCCACUAACCAGAUGUGGGAGACAACCAGGCGGGCCAUCCUAGAGAACAACAACGUGACAUUGCAGCUGUCCUGGGUGUCUCAGCAAGGUGUGCAACUGCUUCAGGAGAAUGAGCAGCUCAAGGGCAUCCAGAAUAAACUGUACCAACAGGUGGAGCUUCUGGAGAACACCCAAGAGAUCAUGGCCAGAAACAACAGAGGCCAUCAGAAGGUCAUCCUCAUGCUGACAGAGAAGUGCCGCCAGCAGAGGCAGGGCACAAAGGAGGCAGAGAAGCUGCGCCUCCUGCUGUCCAAACUGGAGCAGAACUUCCAGAAGCUGCAGAAGGACAACCAGACCCUGAGAAGUGAGAAAGACCUGCUGGAACAGCAGCUGAGCAAGCAGCAGGCAGAAGUGAACCGGCUACAAGAGGAGCUGACUGAGGAACAGAAGGUUCGGGACAGGCUGGAAACAGUCCUGGCCCAGGCCACCUCCCUCCUACAGGACGUUGUGCAAAUGAGAACAGAUACAGAGGAUGGUGACUUUGACUUAAUGCUCCAACUGCAGCGCAAGGAGCUGCUCCAGCAAUUGCUGGCUCUGCUCAGCUCAGCUAUGGUUUCAAAACCACAGCUGGAUGUGGCUUGCCACCUGGACCAGCAGCACCAGGGCCCACCCAAAGAGAGCCGAACCAGUGCCCAGAAACCCAGGACAGCGGCAACUUCUCUGCUGCAGCAGCUUUCUGCCAUCACAACCUAUAAGCCAGGUGAUCUAGGGCUGGUGCCUCGACGGGUCCAUAUCCCACCCAACCCCCAGGACCUCAGGUCUCUCUCAUACGUCACUCGGAUGGGCAUCUGCCAGUUACAGAACACUAAUGAGAUCAGCCCAUCUGGUGCUCUCAAAAGAUUCAGAAAGUUCAGCAUUCCUAAACCUUUCCUACACCGUAAGUAGCACAUGGAGACCAAGCCACAGCAGAAGAAAUAGACUGUGGCCCUCCUUCAACCUGCAAGUAGCCUGGGGCAACCCAGAAGUUACAUAAACAGUGGGUACCA